CCGCCGGUGCUGCUCCUGCACGGCCGUCACGUGUUGCGCGAGCGCGGUGCUUGACCACCGCACACCCAUCCGCUCAUCGCUAUGCGGAAGACAUCACACGAUGGUGUCGACACUACGUCCAUUACGAGUGGAAUAGAGAACGAAGUAAAAAAGAGUAGUACAACGGGAAUAAUAAAAAUGAAGAAAAGUUCAAUCAAACGAAAGGUUCCGAAUUUUAGCCAUGAAUCUGAUGACGGUAUAAUUGAACCGUUGCUCCAAUCUGACAAAGACAAAUCGGAAACUGCGCCUCGAAGUGCCAAAUAUUUAUUGUCAAAAACAAAGACUGAUUCGAUAAGUGAAAACGAAGAUUCAAUUAGAAUGUCGGAAAUUAACAUAACAUAUUUUUCCGCUUCGACGCCAACUACAGCAGCGGAUAAAGUAGUAACUGCAACCAACAUGAACGACGCAAAGGACUCCAAUAAUGUCUCAACUGGAGUGACCACUUUCCGCAACCAUAUGAACACAAAUGUUUUUUGUGUAUCUGAGGCGUCAAAGGGUAAGAUGUCAACCAAAAGCCCCCUACUUGUAGAACUUGAUGCUGCUAAAACUACUGGUUACAGCCCGAGUUUAAUUUUUACUACAGCGAAGAUUCACAGCGACUGUAAAACGAAACUUAUGGAGCCAAUUCAAGUCACUCCAGUACCUAUUAAAUCUACAACAGAGAAAGAUGUUGAAGUGUCCGGUAGUAUAAAUAGUAAUAAAGCUAACGUUGCCGGUAACAGUAUAAUCGAAAAAUUAAAUAAUAUAAGCAAUAAAAAUGACAAAUUGAAUCUUGAAUCAGACAUACGUAAUAAUUCUACCUCUAAAGCUAUUUUGAAUCUUACAGAAAAGUCUACAAAUCAUAAAAGUGAAGAAUAUAUACCUAAAAAUGCAGUAGGUAAUAAUAUUUCAAUAAAAACCGGGACAAAAAAUACCACUAUAAAUAUUUCGAAUGCCAAAACAGUUUCCGAAGAUUUAAAUAUUAAAAAUAUGGAACAAACAAAACAAAUGCAAAAUAUAUCAAAACAGAUAGAGUCAAAAGGAGAAAUAAUAGAAAAAAUUGUUUCAGAUAAUGGUGCUUUAUCUUCAGGCUCUAUCAAAUCAGAGCAAACCAGCAAAGAAAAAGGUGACAAAAAACUUAUAGUUCAAGGCAGUAAAAAAUUGCAGAGGCAGAAAAAGGCAACAGUCGACGAACCACAGGACUCUAUAUCAUCAGCUAAUAUUAUAAAAGAUAAGACAAGCUCUGAUGAUAAACCAACUGUUUCACAAACAAGAACUACAACAGUCACCUCGACAGUUCCGUCAACGAUAGCAACAGCCAAAUCACAGAGUGAGGAAAAAUAUAGUUUAAAAAGUUAUAACAUUGCAAAUAAUACUACAUCACAGCCUAUAGAAAAUAGUAAAAUAUCCAGUCAAGUAGGAUCAAUACCAAAACCCACCGAUAGUAAAGUUCAAACGCCAGUUUCUAAAAACGUUACACAACAACCAAUAGUAGGUAGCAAAAUACCAAGCCCAGUAAUAUCACCACCGAAAGCUACCGACGAUAAAAUUCAAUCAGAACUUACUAAAAACUUAACACUACAAUCAAUAACAAAUAGUAAAAUGCCUAGUCAAGGGGUGACAGCACCAAAAUCUACUGACAGUAAAAUUCAAACCCCAGUUUCUAAGAUACCAACUCCUACUUGUCCUGUCAGUAAUAUAGUAACAAAAUCAACAUCUCAUACAACCGCUUCUAAAACAAUACACGAUACUGGUUCAAUAAAAAUUGCUAAUUCAAACAAAAAAGAAGUAAAGCUUGAUACAAUUAAUAAGAAUGAGUCGCCUUUUGUAAAUAAAUCAAGUGCCAAAGAAAUUUCACCAGUUGCAACAGAGAAAAGUUCUCCCGUAACUAAAACACUGCCUCCGUAUAUUGUAUCCACUUCUAAGGCGAAAACGGGAGCACCAGUGGUUACUAGUGCUACAUUAAAAUCCGAAGUUAGUAAAUCAUCAAGCGAUUCAAAAAGUCCAGUUAGCUCACAUUUAGUAAAAAUGACACCAGCUACUAACCCAAAAACUCUAACUAGUUCUGUGUCAACGCCAGUAACUUCUGGUUCAGCGUUAAAAUCGGAACCCAAAAAAUUGGCAACCAAUUCUAAAAGUUCAGUUAACUCAUACUUAGUUAAAACAACACCAGUUUCUAGCCUUAAAACAGCCACUACACUAUCUACACCCGUAGUCACUAGUGCCACAUUAAAAUCGGAACCGUCUAAAUCGGCAAGCGACUCUAAAAAUACAAAAAGUUCAUAUUCAGUAAAAACAACACCAGCAGCUAGCCUUAAAUCUACAACAACUACGGUACCAACACCAGCGACCACUAGUGCUACAUUAAAACCUGAACUCAAAAAAUCGGCAAGCGAUUCAAAAAGUUCGACAAACUCAUACUCAAUAAAAACUACGCCAGCAACAAGCCUUAAAACUUCAACAACUACUGCACUACCAACUACGUCAUCAUCGAGCCAAGGUACAAAACAAUCGGGUCCGGUCAAACAAACGAAAACGAACACAGAAAAGCAAAAGGAUGGAGGGAAAGUUUAGCAAUUAUGUCCUCUUAUGAUUGUAGAUGCUAUUUAUGUAUAUUCUUGUUUUGUAAUUACAUAAUUGAAUGAUUAUUAUUGUUAAAACAAUAAUGUCUAAGUAGGAAUGUUUUUUUUAAUGGAUUUAUUCGAAGGCCAAUCAAAGAUCAAUAGGACCUAUUACACAGUAAGCAAUAGUAACAUAUUCUAAUUAUUACUAGAUUCUCAAAUAGACCUAGAUGUACAUACCUAAUAUGUAUCCCCAAAAUGUGUAUUGCACAAAUAUUGUUCAGUUAUUUUUAAUUUUUAAUUAUAGUU